AUGAGAUGUUUGUUUCGUGGGAAGGAAAACGUUGGCAGAGUCGGAAAGAAAACAAAAAGAAGAUUGAAACGGAGGAGCUUGCCCAAAAAAAGAGGCGGGAUUUCGGAGAGCUACAGUAUCCCGCAACGCCUAUUCGGAACCACCAAUUUAGGCAAUCUGUUUUAUGUGGUGUCAAAAUGGGUAAAUUUAUUUGACGAAACAUGGAGAUCCGAUGCACAAAUACCAUUUUCAGAGAAUGCGUCUUCGAAAAAAACGACAUCAAGAGAACACCGUCAAUUAGAAGAACACCAUCGCUUCAGAGCCUCCCAGAGAGAAACUAUGUCAAGGCUCUCCGUCACAAUUACAGUAAUCCUGACUCAUUUCCAUUCUAUCUUUUACAUAUCCCAUGGUUCCUCCGAAAGACUCAUUUGA